AUGCCAGGCCGCCUCCAAGACAAAAUCGCCUGCAUAACCGGCGCCUCCAGCGGUCUCGGCCGUGCCAUCGCCCUCGCCUACGCUUCGGAAGGUGCCCGCGUAGUCUGUGCCGACCUGCGCGAGCAAUCGCGCUACACCUCCUCCUCUGCCGAGCAAGCCGGCACUACACACGACACGAUUACCUCCUCCGGCGGCAGCGCGAUCUUUGUAGCCUGCGAUACCACGUCCGCUGAGCAGGUGGAGGCUCUGGUGGCGAAGGCCGUGGAAUGGGGCGGACGACUAGACAUCAUGGUCAACAACGCCGGCAUCGCACUCGAAGGCGACGACCCCAAACCGAUCUGGGAAACCACCCUUCCGGCCUGGGAGCAGACCAACGCGGUAAACAGCACCGGCGUCUUUCACGGGUGCAAAUACGCCUCCGCUGCCAUGCUCUCCCAACCACCCCACGCCUCGGGAGAUCAGGGCUGGAUAAUCAACACAGCCUCCGUGCUCGGCCUCGUCGCCGCCGCUUACUCCCCCGCCUACUGCGCUUCAAAGGGCGCAGUGGUGAACCUGACGCGCGCAGCGGCGCUGGCGUGCGGACCGAAGCGGAUACACGUCAACUGCAUCUGCCCCGGAUACACUGCUAGCGCGAUGACGGAGGGGAUCUGGAAGGACGCCGGGUUGACGGAGGAGUUAAGGAAGCGACAUCCGUUUGGGGAGCGCUUGGGGGAGCCGGAGGAUCUGGCGCGGGCGUGUGUGUUUUUGGCGAGUGAGGAUGCGAGGUGGGUUAACGGGGUGGCGCUGCCGGUGGAUGGGGGGUUUGUUGCGCAGUGA